AAUGAAAGCGUGGAGUAAAAGUUCCAUAACUCUUUCUCCAAUAUUGACAAUAUUAUUAAAAUAGUAAUUUAGCAAUAAUUUUACCUUGCACUCUUAUUAUUCCAAUAUAAUUAUUAAUGAUAUUGCGAUGAAACUUGAUAUAGAUCUAUUUCGAAUACUGUGGGUAAGUACAAAGUGAAAGAACUAUAAAUCUCUUUUAUUUUUAUUUGGAGUUAUUGUCCUUGGUAUUUGUCUGGCGCACAGUCCAUAUAACAUAAUACUUUAUUGCAAAAAUGUAAUGUCAUUACUAAAAAAGUAUCAAAGGGAUUCACAUGAAACUUUAUAUAAUGAAAGAAAACUUUGAGAGGAAGUGCAAAGUAUAGGAACCAUAGAGCCUAACGUUUUGUUUAUAUAUGUUUUGUUGAAUGCCCUUUAAAAAUAUUUUUGUGUAAAGUUUCAGUAUAAUUGUAAAAAUGAAAUGUAUGAAUGGAUAACAUUAGGAUUACUGUUUUUCAAUUAGUAAAUACAACUUGCCUGCUUUCCCUUAUGUUGAAAACCAAGAUUCCUUGUUGAGAUAAAACAAUACCUCUGGUGUGUUUGCCACUUACUUUAGCAACAGCCGCCACGCAUGUUUUAUUAAUUAAAUAUUUUAAGUUAAUAAAUUUAUGUAUACACAUCACCUGACUCAUACAGUGAAUUAUGAAUUGAACAAUAUACAAUGUAAAGUAUGUUACAUCUAACGAAUCUCAAAGCUCUCCGCAUCCACUUCUUAGCAGACGAUGCUCAGUGGUAUGAUACCUAAGUCGGAAACGGCCCAUCUAAACCAACCAACCGAUUUGUAUACGGAUAUAACGAACCAUUCAAACUAAAACGCUAUUUACGUAAUAGCGGUGCUCUAAUUUCACUGUUUUGAAUUUGGACAGGUAAAUUCAGGUGAACACCAAGGAGAUAUUGUUUCAAGAUGGGACUGCAGGCAGUGAUAAGCCUUCUGUGUUUGGGGAUUGCGGUUGCAGUAAACCGGCCACCUAACAUGGUGAAACAUCCAGAAAUGGACAUUUGGUACAAACCUAUGGAAUCAGUGGAGAUAGCAUGCAUAGCUGAGGGAAUACCAAAUCCCAUCUAUAUUUGGAAAAGAAACGGGAUCGUUUUCAACCCUAGCGGUAACGAUGACAGAGUGGGCCAGUUACCCAAUCAAGGCACGAUUGUGUUCAUUAACCCAGAGCCAAAAGACGAGGGUAUUUUCCAGUGCUUUGCAGAUAAUGGCUAUGGUAUUGCUGCCUCUGUUCGUGUUAACUUUCGCGAGGCAAAACUGGCCCGGUUUCCCACUGACGAAAGGAAGCUAGAACUAAUUCCAGCUGGUAACUCCGCAACCCUGCAGUGCACGCCCCCUCAGAGCUUCCCACCUGCAGAUGUGUACUGGGUGAUCAAGGAGCGCGAUAACAGAUGGCAGGCUAUCAACUUUGACAAGAGAGUCAGCAUGGACAUUGAAGGUCGAUUGCGAAUCACAAAUGUGAAGAAAUCGGAUGAGUAUGGUGGGCGAGCCUACGCAUGUAUGGCCCUGAACUACUUCAUGAGGGACAACUCCAUUGGACCAGAAAUUGAAAUAAAAGUCACUGGGUCUACUGAACAGAAGCAUGCUGCGGCUGAGCUGUGGACCUCUCCCAGUGACCAGUUCUUUAAGAAGGGAUCCAUAGCCCGAAUGAAGUGUAUUUUCUCGGGAAACCCAACCCCGGAUGUGUACUGGGAGAGGGUCAAGGGCAGCCUGCCUGACCGGGCGUCCAUCAAGAGCUUCGGCCAGGAGCUGCAGAUCACCGAUGUACAGAUGGAGGAUGCGGGACAGUACCAGUGCAUGGGCCUCAACACGGAGUCCAAACAGCGGGCCACCAAGGCCUUUGAUGUGGGCAUUGAAUCUGCGCCAGAAUGGACAGAGGAACCAAAGAACCAAGAGAAGACGGAAGGGGAGAAGGCCACGUUCAUUUGCAAGGCUUUCGGGAUACCAGCCCCUGUGAUUGAAUGGUUCAUCAAUGGUGUCCCACUGGCGGAUUCCCCUGGUGCUGAGGGUGUAAGGGAUCCAAGAAUCUACAACAAUCCGAGAUUUCACAAGGUUGGCGACAACAACAUCACCUUGACGAACCUCACGCUUGAGGAUCAUAUGAGCAUCCAGUGUAACGCCAGUAACAAGCAAGGCUACGUCUUCUCUAACGUCUACCUCAAUGUUAUGAUAGACCAGGCACCCGAGAUAGAGCUGGAGCCCCCAGAUAGCAUCAAGGUUGCUGAGAGUCAGUCAGUUGUCAUUCCAUGUAUAGUACGGGGCAAACCAGACCCGCUGAUAGAGUGGUACAGGGACACGACCCUCAUCACCGGGGGCAGGUUCAAGAUUCUGCCUCUCGGUAGCCUAGAAAUAUCGCAAGUGGUAAUGGCAGAUGCAGGUAGAUACCACUGCCAGGCAUCAAACAAGUUUGGAUUCGUGAAAUCAGAAAAGAAUUGUUCAGUAGAAGUUAAACGUAGAACUCGCAUAGAACAGUUCCCAGAAGACCUGGAAGUUGUUGCAGGAUUCGAUGCAAAGUUCACGUGCUCAGGGUCCACAGAUUUUGACGAGGCACGCAAUAUGGUUGUUACCUGGGAGAAAGACGAUAAACCUGUUGCUACAAAUGAAAAUAGGAUGACCCAGAACUUCCAGGAUAAUUCUCUCACCAUCUCUGGCACGAUUGUUAGAGAUUCUGGGCGUUACACCUGCGUCAUCAGCAAUGGUCUUGACACAGACAGAGCUUUCGCAUUCCUUACUGUGAAAGCGCGUCCCGACCCCCCAGAUAGCGUGGAGAUCUAUCGAUGUCUUGAGAACAGAGCAGAGCUGAAGUGGAUCGAGGGCAUUGAGAACAAUGCUCCUGUCAACUACUUCAUUAUCCAGUACAACACGACCUUCAACCCCGACCAGUGGGUUUCCGCGGUAACCGUUAACUAUACGGAGAAUACCGCCAUCAUUGACCUGUCUCCAUGGGUGAAUUACACGUUCAGGGUCAUUGCCCAGAACAAGAUCGGAAUGAGUGUCCCUAGUUUGCAUACACCAACAGUCUGUCGCACGAAUCCGACAGUGCCGUUUAGGAAUCCUGCCAACGUGAAGGCCAUUGGAGAUAGAAGAAAUAAAUUGAAGAUUGAGUGGACACCAAUGAAUCAAAUGGAGCACAAUGGGCGUGGCUUCAAAUACUCGCUCACCUAUCACCGCUCUGGCCAGCAACCCCAGACCCUACUUAUAGAUGACUGGCGUAACAACAGUGUAGAGAUAAAUGCCAAUGACCCAUAUGAACCAUACCAGGUCAAAAUACAGGCCAAGAACAGCAUGGGCGAUUCCUCCGCCAACGUGAAUAAUUACACUCUGUAUUCAUAUGAAGACGUUCCUAGUGGCAUAGUUUCCAACGUCGAAGUGUCUGAGAUCAGUGCCUCAUCAGCUCGUCUGACAUGGACUUGGGACAAGGUCUGGAUGGAGGAGUCAGGGGCCAUCAAUCAGAUACACGGAGAGUUCCGAGGGUUCAGGAUAGGGUUUUGGCGUGCUGAAGAGAAGGCGUCGACAUUCACUGAAGUAGAAGUGCCUUAUAGAGAGGUCUUACCAAAAGAAGUGCCCUCCGGAACACUGACAGUGAAAUCAUCGUAUCUACUUAAAGGACUUACACCGUACUCCACCAUGCAACUGCAGAUCUGCCUGGCCAACAAUUUCUAUGUGGGACCCCCUAGUCCUCAUAUAGCAUUCCAGACGUUUGAAGGAGUACCUGGUCCAGUGCUUGGCCUGGAGGCACGGGUUCGAAGCAGUAACUCGUUCAACCUGGUGUGGAGGCCGCCUGAGCGUGCAGACCGCAAUGGAGUCAUAGUUGGCUAUGACAUUGCCUAUCAGACAGUUAUUGGUCUGGAACUGGGAUCGUUCCAUGACCGUGACGAUCAGAUUGACGACCCGAACGCUGUGAGUGGUGUCCUUAGUGGGCUGCUGCCCAACACCAAGUAUCGCAUAUACGUCUUCGCCAGGACCAAGCUCGGGCGUGGGGAAGAGGCAUUCAUCGAAGUGCGAACCACAGAGAAAGCUGCUAUUGGUGUACCUCAAUUUGAUGUUAGAGACAUAAGAGAGACAACAUUAAAUGUGACCUGGGCACCUGAUGCUUACUUUGGACGGCACAUCGUUCACUAUGUGGAAUUCAGGAUAGAUGGCUCUGCCGACUGGAUGCGGUCCACUGACGAGGUUAUGUUGAACCAUAAAGUGAUCACUGACCUGGAACGGGGCACCUACUAUGAGGUGCGUGUGGUUGCCUUUGAUGGCUUGUACAGAGCCAGCAGUGAAACCAAGGUGGUCGGGACAGUAGGUUUUGCUGCUGCUAGGUCCCUUGGGUCCAACUAUGGCUGGUUCAUAGGACUGCUGGUGGGUGGGGUGCUGUUGAUUGGUGGAUGUGUGUUCAUCUACCUGAUGCACAGAUGGCGCAAACAGGCUGGCAUCAAGGACCAGCCAAAGACAUACAAAGUUGAGGCGGGUGGUAGUGAGAAGGAUAAGAUGUACCACGAUGAGACGUACGAUGACAGGCCAAGAUAUAAGAAGGACAAGUACAAAGACCCUGGUGGCAUGGACGAACAGGAAUAUCUGAAAGGAGCGAACGGUGCAGACUAUGAUAGAUACGACCGCAAUCAUGACGACCAUGAUGGUGGUGACCAUGACGAUUACUCUGACAGGGACCGGGAUUCUUACCAGGAUCAUGAUGACCGGGAUCACGACUCUUACCGGGAUAGAGACCGGGAUCAUUCUGACCGGGACAGAGACUCCUACAGAGAUGAUGAUGACUACAGGGAUCACGAUAGGGACUCUUACAGGGAGUACGAUGAUGACGACAAUGAUGACAAUCAUAGGGAUGAUGAGCGCACACGUAUACACCCCGAUAGGAGUGAUCCAGAAGACCCAGACAGCGUCUCCAUGCGGGACGACCAACGGGGUUACGGGGAAUAUCAGGAGGAGGCCUCCAAGUUUGAUAAGCGGGGAGCACCUAUACCGGCCCCUCGACCUCUCCAUAAACCUAGAUCUGUCACCGACUUGUAGGAUUUAAGGAUUACCUCACCCACUCAUGGCAUAGCAUAGAUUAACCUUAACUCUUUCAGUGCUGGAACCGAAUUUUGAAGGCCUUUGCAAACAGUUUUGAUCCAGAUGAGACGCCACAGAACGUGGCGUCUCAUCAGGAUCCGAACUGUUUGCUAUUCUGAUAGUAUUCUUUGAAAAAAAAUCAAAGAAAAUGCUAAUUUUUAAAAUUCAGCAGACGACAUUUUAGCAGACGACAAAUUUCCCAGCAUGCAAAGGGUAAAGGGGAGAUUUAUAGGCUUCAAUGAGUAUCCUGCCACUCGUGGCAUAGCAUAGAUUUAUUUGAUGAUUCAUACUUCUGCAUUGUAUUUUUCUUCAUUGGAUUGUACAGAAUUUGGUGAUCACUUACCAUGUCUAAGUUUUAUGUGUUUAAAUCUGUGUGUCUACAGGUGCACAUAUCUUUGGGUGCAAUUUUGUAGUUGUCCUGUUGACUGCAUUUCAUAUUUAAAGAUUAAUAGGUUUUGAAAUAUACAUUCCAACGUCUUGCAUUAGGUUGAAGUUAAAUGUUUAUAGUCAUUUAACAUUUUCAGUAGCUAUUAAAAUGAUAACAUGGAUAUUGCUUUGGAGUUUUAGCCAUGCUUAAGUCCAAGCUUGCUAUUUAUACUGGUUAUAAGGUUUCUAUUCCUUCGAAUUCCCAAACAACAUGUGUUUAUGUAGUGCUAUAUAUUAACUUACACAAUAUUAUUUAUGUAUUCACGCUUAAUAUAAUUCAUCCAUGUAUGUGAACACUCUACAUUUUGUUGUAUGCGAGUUUCUAUUUUAUUUUAAAGACUGCAAUUUUUUACUGAUUAGAUUUGUGUUCUGGAAUUGUUCUGUACAGUUAUUGUAGCAACAUUAGUAAGUUUAAGGAAAUGUGAGUCAUCGAGGUUAGGUGACAUUUUUUGUCAUAAUAUUUUUUUAUCUGUUAUUUUGUAUGUUGUUAGAAAGAUUUCAAGAUUGAUCUCUCUUAAUCUUUGUACUAGAAUCCAUAAAAAAAUUGAAUUAUAAGAUUUACAAACAAAUCAAAAUUAUAUUUUUGACUUUAUUUAAAGUAUGUUUGUUAUUUAUCCUUGUGCUCAAAAGAACAGGAAGUUAAAAACUUCUAUGUAAUUGUGAUUUGUUUGUUUCGAAUUGCAUUUUAACACAAUUUGUUAAAAUGUGGGUUAUACAUAACACACAGAAUAACACGAUGAACAAAAAGUGUAAAAACUAUUUUAGGGAAAAUUGAAUGAUUUGAAAGAAAAACGCUUGAGAAUGAUGCCUCAUUUCUGCCCUGGUUUCAUAAUUAAAGCAAACUAGCCUUGAAAUGCAGUAGUAAAAAUAACAACUAAUCUAAUUAGUGUAUGGCGCGUAUAAUGCCAAAACAACUGAGAAAGUUUCAUCCAUUGUUGAUAUGAAAAUUAUUUGUUAAUCCUGUAAGUUGUAUAGUAUAGGAUAAAUAAAGUCAUCUGUAUGUAUGUUUUUGUUAAUCGUUAAUUUAUCAGUUUAAAACUACCAUUAGUUGCUGUUUGAUACAGGACAUAAAUAUGGCGCUUUUAUACAUUUUCAAAUUUGAAACUUGCAUAUACUUGAUAUAAAAAAAGUGUAAGAUAUGUUGUUUCUUGCAUUUUAAAGUCUGAAUUAUUUUCCUUUUACAUUAUUGCUGUUUCCUGAAAAAUACAUAAAUAAUAAUAACUGUUAUGCUAAUGGUAAUAAGUUAGUUCACUUGAGCACAAAGUGCCUGGGGACAUUGUUUCAGUUUUUGUCUGUUUCAGUUUUAUUUCUUGCUGGUGCUAGAUGUGAAAGGUUGUAAUACUGUUAUUGCUUUGUGCUUUUUUUUAAUUUGAAGCACAUAUCAAUAUGUUUUACAGAUU